CAAGGAAUCAAGCGAGCAAGCAAGGAAUCAAGCAUGCAUGGGAUCGUCAGCGUCUAUCCAUCUGCACAGACUGCUCGUGUGGCAGCCAUGGUGUGAACCCUACUUCAGCUCGCAUUCGGGAGGGAGGGUUUUGUAGAUGAAUUGUUCAUCGGUCGACGGGGUUUCGUCGAAGGAUUAUUGAGUGUGGGAGCCCGGGAGGAGCUCGUUUGGCGAAUUAGGGAUGGGGGUUUGGAGAUUGUAUGAGGGAUGGUUUUUCGAGUAUCGAGCUGGUGAACUUGCUGGGUCGUAGAAGUGUUUCGAGGUGGUAGGGCAGGAGUGGGUGCGGAUACCGGAGGAACUGUAGCGAGAGGGAGAACCAUGAAGCCCGCAAAAUUGGCUCGGGUGAGAUUGCUCUAUGAGCGACGGAAUCUGUUGACGAACCAAUUUCGGAUGCCGGGCUUGUCUCUGAUUGCAAUCGCCUCAGAUUGCGAGGAUUCGGGAUGCGUCCGGAGUCGGGGGUCCGAUUGCGUCGCAGAAAGUAGCUCGCGAUGGCUUUCGGCCUCGUUCGUUAGCGAAAGUGGGAGACCCGAGGAAUCCAGCAGGCUAACUAUGUUUACAACAUGGGGUGCGGCGCUUCUGGCUGGUGCAAUGGCAAUGGGAUUUGAACGGGGUGACGGAGGAGUGGUUUGUUCUGAAGGGGCAGAGCGUACUCUCUUUUCACCAAUGGGCAAAAUUCCUGAAUCGAAGCUAGCUCAAACACAUUUUUUUCUCAGCGAAGAGUUCAGACGGCGGAUAUUUUUCAACUAUGAGAGACGACUUCGUAUGCGUAGCCCUCCUGAGAAGGUGUUCCAAUAUUUCUCGUCAGUGCGAAAUGGGGAUGGUCACUUUUUCAUGACAGCCGGAGAUUUGAUGAGAGCAACAGUCCCAGUUUUCCCACCAACAGGCUCACACAUGGUCAGAGGGGGUCACCUUCAAGGUGAGAGGAACCCCGGAGAAUUGAAAUGUUCUCCUUCAAAGUUCUUCAUGCUAUUCGACACAAAUGGAGACGGUUUAAUUUCAUUUCCAGAGUACAUCUUCUUUAUUACACUAUUGAGCAUCCCUGAAAAGAACUUCAGUGCAACUUUUAGAAUGUUCGAUUUGGACGAGAACGGAAUGAUUGACAGGGCUGAAUUUAAGAAAGUAAUGACUUGGAUGCGGGCGCAAACUCGCGUUGGCAAGUCUCAUACCCAUGGCCUUCGCACUGGGUUGGGUGUAUCUAAAGACAUUGAUAAUGCUGGAAUGGUAGAAUUCUUUUUCGGCACCAAUGGCAAUCGCCAACUUCCACUGACACAAUUUGAAAGAUUUCUGAAAGAACUUCACGAAGAGAUUAUUCGUCUUGAAUUUGCUCAUUAUGACUACGAUAAUCGGGGGACCAUUUCAGCUACAGAUUUUGGUUUGUCAAUGGCAGCCUCUGCAGAUUUAUCGAAGUUGCAUCAUUAUCUGGAUCGUGUCCACGAUCUCUCAACUGACGCCCAGUUCUCCACUACGCGAAUUACCUUGGAGGAAUUCCUUGAGUUUGCUCAAUUGCGAAAGAAGAUUCCCGUUUUGGCAAUGGCAAUCUCUUCCUUUGGCAAAAUUCAGGGAAAAUUGACUAAAAACGACGUUCAGCGUGCUGCUGUUAAGUUAUGCGAUGUCCAACUUACGGAUGUGGUGAUGGAUAUAAUAUUCCAUAUUUUUGAUACCGAUGCUGAUGGCCUAUUAACCAUGGAAGAGUUCCUGGGUGUGCUGCAGCGAAGAGAAAGUGACAUUGCAGAUCCAACCGAAACUGGAGUUAUUCAGUUUCUUAAAUGCUUGUGGAGAUGCUCAAGGCACUGUCAGAAGCCCUGGUUAUAGCUUCGGAGCCAUUCAACUAUGAGGCAUGUGUACGAAUGAGAGUUAGGACCGAAUUUUUAAAUGAAUAAAGAGGUAUUAUUAGCAAUCUAACAAUCAAACUGAUGGUGAUGAAUCAUUCGGGUUGACAUUUUUCAAAUAAUUGGUAGUCUUGAAGUGAAAACAUGAAUGAAAAAAGAACUACAUGAAUUUUAUAAUUAUAAAUUAUAGUACUCGAAUUUCCUAUUGUUAAACUUAGGCAUUUUUUAUUGGAAAAUUACGUACUUUUAAGUUGCACGACAGAGGUGCUGGAUUUGAAUA